UAAAAGGUCAAGUGCUUUAAAAUUAGAAAACCUAAAAAUUUUUAAUUUUUAAAUAUUAAUCUAAAGUUAAAAUCUUCUAAAACUAUAUCACCAAAAAUAAAAUUUUGAAAAGUAAUUUUUCUAAUAAAAUAUCUAUACCAUCAAUUUUGAACAUCCACUCCACCAACCAAUUAGUUGGUAUAUUUGAACUCUCAAAUAAAAGCACACAAUAAUGACCCAUUCACACAAUGAAAUAGAAGUUUCUCCACCUUAAGUAAUCUUAAAAGCCAUUUACCGGUAAAAUUUAGUUCUUUAUUUUUUUUAUCUUUCAAUGACCAUUUGACGCCCCACUUUAUUCCUUCUUCUUUAAGCCCACACCUACUUUAACUUGAACCUAAAACUCAAUCCCAUAACCGUUGAUAAUUCAUCUCUUUUUUAACCCACUAUUUAUUUAUUUAUUUUUUUUUUUUGGAUAAACCCACUUUAGUAUAUAUAAAAUCUCUACUAAACCUUAAACAAAACCUUCCCCUCCCUAAAUUUUCAACUCAAAAUCCACUCCAAAACUAAAUACAACAUACCCUUAAAAUAUGGGUCUCUUAGGAGACAUAAUAGGAAAAGUUAAGGACAAGGCCUCAAUAGGCAAAGCAGCACUCCUUUCCCGCAACCAAAACACGGCGGCGCUUCGACUCACUAUCUUACGCGCCACCACUCAUGAAGCCGACGCGCCGCCACCAGAUCAUCACCUUGCCGCGAUACUCGCGGCUGGUGAUGGACCACGUUCGGCUGCAGCUGUUGUCAUCGACGUCCUCAUGCGGCGGCUUCAUAAGACUUCGUCCUCCACGGUGGCAAUCAAAUGUCUACUAUCUCUCCACGUCAUCGUCCGACGUGGCAACUUUAUUUUACACGACCAGCUUUCUGUUUACCCUGCUACUGGCGGUCGGAACUACCUUAAAUUAUCCGAUUUUCGUGAUAACUCAUCUCCAACAACCUGGGAGUUGUCGACGUGGAUCAGGUGGUACGCUAAAUACUUGGAACAAAUUCUCUCAACUUCCAGAAUUCUUGGGUAUUUUUUAUUUUCGACGUCUUGUAGUUUAGAAAGAGAAAAAGCAAAAGAAAUAAUUGCUUCCCUUUUAUGUAAGGAUUUAUUAAGAGAAAUUGAUGGGUUAAUUAAUGUUCUAGAAGAAGUUGGAAAAUCCCCAGAUUGUAUUCAUCUAGAAGGAAAUAGAUUAUUGCUUGAAGUAAUGGGUUUAGUGGGUGAAGAUUAUUUUACUACAAUUGAUGAGAUUGUGAUCCGAGUUGAAGAGUUUAAAGAAAGACUGAGUUGCCUCAGUUUUGUUGACUCAGUCGAGUUAGUUUGUGCUCUUAAAAGAUUAGAGGAUUGUAAGGAGAGACUUAACUCGUUGUUUGAGUUAAAUGGGUCAGGUUUGGUUCAGGAUUUAUGGUGUUUAGUAAGUGAAAUGAAGGAUAAAGUUGGAGAAGUUCAAGGGUCUAAGGAGGAAAAGAUGGUGUUGAGUUGGGGACGAUUUGAGUCAGCUCGGUUUGGGGAACGAGUUAAGCCUCAAGACUCUGUCCAAUUUGCUUCUAAUCGCUUUGCUUUUCAGUUUGCUUAUGGUGAGGUUGUUAGAUGAGGUGAUUUUGGGGCCUUCUCUUUAUUUUGUUUUAUAAAUUAAUUAUCUUUUUUUUUUUUUUUUGGUGUGAGGAUUUACUUACAAUAAUGUAAAUCUCUAUAUUUAGCAAAAUAUAUAUAUCAAGGAUUUUGUUUAUAUAUAUUUAGAUUAAGGGCGAUGAUAUUUACAAUCCUUAGGGCGAUGAUAUUUAUAGUCCUUAGGGCGAUGAUAUUUACGGUCUUUAGGGCUGUAUAUAAAAAUUAACAAAUUUUAUUU